CAAGCUGAAGCAGUCAUGAACACAGCAACUGCAAUUCUUAUCAGUGUAUUUGCAGCACUUUUAGCUGCUUUUUGUUUAUUGUUGUACUUUGAGCUGAGAAAUUUACAUAUUCCUCAUGGAGUUGACAGUCCUGCAAAACUGCGAGUGAUUCAUUUCACAUUUGUGGGGAUAAGUAGUGUGGGCUAUAUUCUGGAGCGACUGGGCCUGUGCCAUCAGUAUAAUUUUGUGCGAUGGUGCAGAUGUCAUAUCAUGACCCGCAAAAGGUCAGUACCCCACGGGCUCCGUAUUAAGGACUUGACCUUCAGUGCAGUUCCAGUGAGGGUGUAUGAGCCUACAGCUGCCUCGGGAGAGAAAAAAAGGGGACUGGUUUACUUUCAUGGUGGCGGAUGGAUGUUUGGCUGCAUUGAUGAUUAUGAUGAAGUGUGUCAGCAUAUAUCACUGAAGAGUGACACCACAGUUGUGUCUGUUGGUUAUCGCCUGGCCCCCGAGCACAGGUAUCCUGCCCACCUGGAUGACUGUGAGGUCGCGACUCGCCACUUUCUUUCAAUAGCAGCGACUGAUUUUGGAGUAGAUCCACGCAGGGUGGCAGUUGGUGGCGACAGCGCAGGGGCGAACCUGGCAGCCGCUCUCUGCCAGAGGCUGUCGAAGACACAGGAUGGUCAUCUGCCAUCUCCCUGUGCCCAGGUUCUCAUCUACCCGGCACUGCAGAUGGCAGAUUUCCACCUGCCCUCAUACCAGCAGAACCACUCUGUGCCCAUAUUGUUCAGAGGCCGAACGGUGUUUUAUUUCCUGCAGUACCUCAACGGGAAUACGUCCGUGAGCCAACAGAUUCUGGAAGGCAGGCAUGUUCCAACUGAGCUAAAACUUCGCUAUAAGAAAUGGCUGGAUCCGAAUAGUCUUCCACCUCAGUUCAAAAAACAAGCAAGAUGUCGGCAGGUUGUCUCAAGCCAUGAUGCUGAUGCAUAUCACAUCAUUAAACAAGGCCUUGAUCCAGAGAUCUCCCCGUUACUAGCUGAGGAUGAUGUUCUUCGUCUUGUGCCGCCCGCUUUUGUUUUGACCUGUGAGUUUGAUGUGCUGAGAGAUGAUGGUUUUCUGUACCAGAAGCGACUGAGGGAUUUAGGAGUGGACGUCACGUGGGAGCAUCUACCUGAGGGCUUCCAUGGGGUCAUCAGCUUCUUCAACCAGGGCUGGUUGACAUUUCAGUCAUCCCAAAGGGGAUUGGACGACAUUGUAAGAUAUGUAAAGACUCUCUGAUUGCGAAGGCAAAAUAUAGUAAAAUUUUUCUAAAUACAGAAGUCUGCCUGCAUAAGUUAGAUUUUUACAUCAUGUUACAUUUUUAGAAAAUAUAUAUAUGAUUCUGUAAAGAAAUAUCAACCAAUCAGAAAAUGGGGUAUAUGCACAUAGACUUUUAUGUUCAGUCGGCCAGACCCAGGGCUUCUGGUUAUUGUCAUCCCACACAAAGUCGCUGCGUUUAAGAUCUGAUUUCUUUAAAAAACAGCGACCUUCACUGCCUGGCUGAGAUACAAUAUAAAGUGGGUAUCAGACCAAACAAGAAGCACUGCAUUAAAUUAUAUUUUUUUGCAUUAUGUCUUUAAAAUAUGGAAAUAAAUUUUAUACCAGUGUUUUCAAUGGAAUUUCUGCGCUAGCCUGCUGCUAAUGACGGCGCCUGCAUUUAAAUGGUCUUUCGUCUCUUUUUACACUUUAACAACCAAAUGGAUGCUUAAGUCUAUUUAACUGAUUAUAUUUUAAUUACAUUACAACAUUAAUGGUAUAAAAGGAUAUGAAAUGGUAUAAAUAUGAAAUUGAAAAUAGUCACAUUAAGCUUUCAACAGAAGUUCAACAUUGGCUGAACAAUACAAGCUGUGCAUAUAGCCCAUUGCAACAAGUACACUUUUUCAUGACAAGUAGGCAUUGGAAAAAUUUGUAUAUUUCUCAAAUUUCACAAUGACACAAUUAAAGCGGACUGUACACAGUUUAAAAGCUAUAUUUUUGAUUUUUUUGUAUUAAUUAAUAUUUCAUUAUAGACAUGUUGGCAACAUUUACCUUCACACAAAAUAUGGGUAAAAUUACAUAUGUGUAGAUUCUUACUGUGUGCAAAGCAGAUGCUUACAUCAGAGGGUUUCUUAACCCUUUAA